AGAGCUAGGGUUUCUCGAUUCUUUCCUUCCUCUUCGCCGGCGAUCGCUCGAUCGGCACUGUAGCAUUGGAUUGCGCUCGCGGAUUCCAGUGGCACGCAUUCCGGGCAGUGAUGUGUACGGGGGAACGCGUUUUGGAGCGCUGUGCGCGGUGGAGCUGAGGGCGAUCGUGCCGGCAUUCUAGCGUGUCGGUCUCGUCUUGGCGCCGCCCGAUCUGUGGGAAAUUUCGUUGUGCGGGAGGCAGGCUAUGGCGGCAACGAAUUGUCGGAUUGCCGAUACUGUGGCGAUCCAGUAGGGGAUUGCAAAUGUAUCGGCGUGGCUGCCGGGGAACGAUCCCCAUUGCUCUGGCGUUCUUGGGAGCGAUCGAUCUAGUCAAAGUAAGGCUAAAUAUCAGGGAUUGGGAAGAACAGGUCUUUAGCUAGCCCAGGUGUCGAUCGGGAAAGAAUGGAAGGGGGUAAGGGGUGGUUUAGCCGCUUCCAUGCUCAGCCCAAGGUAGAGAAAUCCAAGCCUUUAGUUUUGGGCAAGUAUGGCAAAAAUGGUGCCGCCGAGAGCAUUCCAAAGCCGGCAGUGAUGGAAGAAGCCCCAUCGAAUGUUACCAAGCAAAAGGUCGCGGCUGCCAAGCAGUACAUCGAGAACCACUACAAAUCGCAAUUGAAGAAUCUCGAGGAACGUAAGGAGAGGCGAUGGGUGCUCGAAAGAAAGCUCCAGGAUGCAAAUGUUUCUCCCGAGGAGCAGAACCACCUAAUCAAAGACUGGGAGAAGAAGGAGACGGAGUAUAUGAGGCUGCAGAGACGUAAGAUGGGAGUGGACGACUUUGAGCUUUUGACGAUAAUUGGCAGAGGAGCUUUUGGAGAAGUCCGGCUCUGCAGAGAGAAAUCAACAGGAUAUGUCUAUGCCAUGAAAAAACUCAAGAAAUCGGAGAUGCUGCGAAGGGGCCAGGUCGAGCAUGUGAAGGCAGAGAGAAAUCUCCUCGCUGAAGUCGACAGUAACUACAUAGUUAAGCUGUACUGUUCUUUCCAAGACGACGAAUACCUUUAUCUGAUCAUGGAGUAUCUUCCUGGCGGUGAUAUGAUGACACUCUUGAUGCGGAAGGAUACGCUGACAGAGAACGAAGCGAAGUUUUACAUUGCGGAAGCGGUUCUAGCUAUUGAGUCCAUUCACAAGCACAAAUACAUUCACAGGGAUAUCAAGCCUGACAAUCUACUCCUCGAUAAGAAUGGCCAUCUCAAGCUUUCUGACUUUGGUCUCUGCAAGCCGCUGGAUUGCAGCAACUUUCCCAUGCUACGGGAAAACGACCUUUCCACAGACAAGAAUCAAAGAGAUGGUUUGGACGCUAAUAGGCGCACCUCUAGUCCCGCACCGAGACGUACUCAGCAGGAGCAACUUCAACACUGGCAAAGAAACAGACGCAUGCUGGCAUACUCAACUGUGGGAACUCCAGACUAUAUUGCACCUGAAGUUUUAUUAAAAAAAGGAUAUGGCAUGGAGUGUGAUUGGUGGUCGCUGGGAGCCAUUUUGUAUGAAAUGCUAGUGGGAUUCCCGCCAUUCUAUUCGGACGAGCCCAUGUUCACCUGCAGAAAGAUUGUAAACUGGAGAACGCACCUGAAAUUUCCCGACGAGGCUAAGUUGUCUGUCGAGGCACGGGAUUUGAUGAGUCGUUUGCUUUGCGGUGUCGACCAACGACUUGGAACAAAAGGAACACACGAGAUUAAGUCGCAUUCCUGGUUCAAAGGCGUUGAGUGGGAUAAGCUUUACGAAAUGGAGGCCGCGUUCAAGCCCGAGGUUAACAAUGAGCUGGACACACAAAACUUCGAAAAGUUUGAAGAGGCCAUCGGCCAAACACAGUCGUCUUCCAAGGCUGGCCCAUGGAGAAAGAUGCUUCCUUCCAAGGACGUCAACUUUGUUGGCUACACGUACAAGAACUUCGAGAUCAUCCAAGACUCGCAAUUGCCCGGUGUUGCGGAGCUGCGGAAGAAAGGAAAGUCCAAAAGGCCAUCAAUCAAGACGCUUUUUGAGGAGAGCCCUGGAGUGUAUAGCGAGGAUAGCAACACCAGCGCCACCGCCACCAACAGUAGCGGCGGUGGAAGCUUCAUGUCCUUUGCCUCCACACAACCUCCGUCAUCGCCGCCGGACAAAGCCACAUUGCUAGUAACAGGCAACAAGAAUGUCUCAUCACCCUCGAGGCUACGAAUGUAUCACCAGCAACCAGGAGGAGGAGUUACUGCAAAUCACCACGCUCUUGCCUAUGGACGUAAUGCCAGGUAACCUCCUUCACCGAAAAAAAAAGAAAAAAGAGACUGAAGCGAAGAAGAAAGAACCUAGAGAACGGAAUGGUUGCGCCAGUUUUGUUGUUCGUUCUCCAUUUUUCUUUUCCUUGUCUCUCCCUGGUUUCCUCGUUUCCUCCUUUCUCUUAGAGAUCUCUUCGAAGAGAAGGCCGUACAUAGAACCCCUCUUUCUUUCUUUUUUAUUGCCUCCGUACACCUUGUCUCACUUUGUACAUCUUUGUCUCUCUCCCCCAAUCAAUGACACGGUGAGCUUUUUUCUUCUCUUCGCUUUUGUCCUGGAAGGACAAACUAGUGGAACUCUUUCUCUAUUCUUUUUUUCGUUCUUUUUUCUCGAGUUUUUAUAAUCUUCCUGUAAACAGGGGAAGCACAUUUCCCCAGAAAAAACAGAACCAAGCGAAUCGAAAAAAAAAGGAAUCACUUAUCUCUCGUU